GUGCGGACCGGACAGGAGCCACCGGGCCUGGUCUCCGCAGCCUGCGCGCCUCCGCCAGCAGAUGCCGCCUGAUUGCCCUCCCGCGAGUCAUCAAAGCCUUCCACUUCCUGCCCGAGCGCCUCAGUUCAGGAAGGAGUAAGAAUGGCGACGCAUCUGGGGUCCGAGUCGCCCCGCGCCGGGGGGAAGCGGAGGCACUGCCGCGGCAACGUCGUCGCGAGGUUCACGGCCAGCAGGAUCACCGGCCGGGGCUUCAGCCGGGGGACGCAGCUCCCAGGAGGCUUGCUCCAGGAGAGAGAUAAACGGGCCAAGUGGAAUGGCAUCCCUAAUCUGCUGCAGAAGCUCCACGAGAGCAGCCAUCCCAACAGUGACCUCUCCCAUGCCCACAGCUUUCUUAAGGUAUUAUCGUCUCACCUCUCCAUGGAGGCCAUGUCUUUUGUCACGGAGGACAGGAAGACCGCUCAGGAAUCCACCUUCCCCAACACGCACACCUUUGACCUCUUCGGUGGAGUCGAUCUGCUUGUGGAGAUCUUGAUGCGACCCACACUAACUAUGCAGAAGAAAAAACCCAAAAUGAAUGAUGACCUGGUCAAGGACUGCCUUAGUGUUCUCUACAACUGUUGUAUAUGUACGGAGGGGGUGACGAAGAGCCUGGCAUCGAGGGAUGACUUUGUUCUGUUUCUCUUCACCCUGAUGACAAACAAGAAGACCUUCCUACAGACUGCUACACUUAUUGAAGAUAUUCUUGGGGUCAAAAAGGAGAUGAUCCAUUUAGAGGGCAUCCCCAACCUGUCAGGUCUGGUCCAAAGCUUUGACCAGCAGCAGCUGGCCAACUUCUGCCGCAUCCUGUCUGUCACCAUCUCAGAACCCGACGUAGGAAAUGAUGACAAGCACACGCUGCUGGCCAAAAACGCUCAGCAGAAGCGCAACUCUAGCCCCUCGCGGGCUGAGGUCAAUCAGGUAACCCUGCUGAACAUCCCUGGGUUCAUCGAGCGACUCUGUAAGCUGGCCACCAGAAAGGUGUCCGAGGCCACAGGAGCUAACUUCCUGCAGGAGCUUGAGGACUGGUACACGUGGCUGGACAACGCUCUGGUGCUGGAUGCCCUGAUGCAGAUGGCCACUGAGGAGGCGGAACAAAGCAGCACAGAGUCUUCAGAUGAGAGUUCCCUGGCCACAAGCCCCCUGAGACAUCGACUGCCCCAGUCCAUGAAGAUUGUCCACGAGAUCAUGUACAAAGUGGAAGUGCUUUAUGUACUAUGUGUCCUUCUCAUGGGCCGGCAGAGGAACCAGGUCCACAAGAUGCUGGCUGAGUUCCGUCUCAUCCCGGGGCUCAAUAACCUGUUUGACAAGCUGAUCUGGAGGAAAUACACGGCUUCCAAUCACGUGGUGCACGGCCAGAAUGAGAACUGCGAUUGUAGUCCAGAAAUAUCCUUUAAAAUCCAAUUUUUGCGGCUACUCCAGAGCUUCAGUGAUCACCACGAAAACAAGUACCUCCUGUUGAAUAGCCAGGAGCUGAACGAACUGAGUGCCAUAUCAAUGAAGGCUAACAUCCCAGAGGUGGAAGCUCUGGUCAACACAGACAGAAGCCUAGUGUGUGAUGGGAAGAAGGGCCUCCUCACGCGCCUCCUCGCUGUCAUGAAGAGGGAGCCUCCCGACUCGUCCUUCAGAUUUUGGCAGGCGAGGGCGGUGGAAAGUUUUCUCAGAGGAGCCACCUCCUAUGCAGACCAAAUGUUCCUCCUGAAGAGGGGACUGCUAGAGCACAUCCUGUUCUGCAUCAUAGAUAGCGGCUGUACAUCUCGAGAUGUCCUACAGAGCUAUUUCGAUCUGCUGGGGGAGCUCAUGAAGUUCAACAUUGAUGCCUUCAAAAGAUUCAACAAAUAUGUCAACACUCCAGAAAAGUUUCGGACCUUCCUGACGCAGAUCAACAGCUCUUUGGUGGACUCCAACAUGCUGGUGCGCUGCAUCGUCCUGUCAUUGGACCGUUUCGAGAGCCAGACUGAAGAUGUCAAAGUGGUGGAGGUUCUGUCUGAGUGCUGCCUGCUGUCCUACAUGGCCAGAGUCGAGAACAGGCUCUCCUUCCUCUUCCGACUGAUCAACAUCAUCAACGUGCAGACUCUCACACAGGAGAAUGUGAGCUGUUUAAACACAAGCUUGGUGAUCUUGAUGCUGGCCAGGAGAAAGGCCAAACUGCCCUUCUACCUCAACGCGCUGCGGGAGAAGGAGUAUACCGAGAAGUACCCGGGCUGCCUGCUCAACAACUUCCACAACCUUCUGCGCUUCUGGCAGCGCCACUACCUCAACAAGGACAAAGACAGCACCUGUCUGGAGAAUAGCUCCUGUAUCCCCUUCAGCUACUGGAAGGAGACUGUGUCAGUGCUGCUGGGCCCAGACAGGACUUCUCUGUGUGCCAUAGCGAGCUACAUUGAUGAGCCUUUCAUGGAUCUGGACAGAGACCUGCUGGAAGAUUGACCUCCAGCGCUGCACUCAUUGCUCCGGGGGUGGGACAGGGCAGGGGGUCACGGGGGAGCAUGGACACCUAGAGCUGGUGAUGACUCGUUUGAGCGGAGCCAUCCAGGUGCUUUGUGACUGCGUCUCUGGAUGGAAAGACUCGGCAGUUUGCAGUCUGUACUUACGCAUGGAGGCUGGCAUCGCAGAUGGGAGGGGGGCGGGGGGAGAUGAAAAUUCUCAUCUUCUCACCGAGUUACUGCUCUUCUUCUUCUUCUUCUUCUUCAAAGGAGACCUGAACGCCCAUCCCACAAUCACUCAACAUUGUACAACAGACUAUUGGGACCUUGGGAUAUGACACCUGCAUUGGUUGUUUGCUUUAGAAGAAUUUCAGAUAGAGCCUUUUAUAUAACCUAUAGAAAAAAAUUCUAUGAAAAAAAAAAAUAUGUAUGAUUCAACAAAUUAUAUGUUAGGGGGGAAAAAAAGAAAAAAUCCUUUAACAUGAACUUUGUUUGGAAAUGGCCACAUAUUAAACUGUCAGCCAGAUGUGCAGGUCAGUGGUACGUCACAGUGCUUCCAGGAGUCUGUGGCCUCAAUCUCCCACUACCUACAAGCUCUGCUGACUAACCCUGACCUGGGGUGGGGGGGUUCUUGUCAAAGAACAGCAUUAUCUUUUAACCUUUCUGUUGGUCUUAUUUUAUUAGGUGGCUAUUGUUGAUUGGUGCUUUCUGGCUCUACUAGGAACAUUAAGGUUGCGUGUGGGCCGGCAGACAUGUUUCACAGAUCACCUGCGACCCUCCACUCUGCUGUGGCUUCAGAAGCCCCACACAGGAAACUCGUCUCUUUUUCAGGUUUGUUUUUUUUUGCUGAUCUUUUUUUGUGUUAUUGAAAACAAUGGCUUUUUAGCUCUGAAUGAAAUGUAGAAUAAAACAUUGCACAGAUUAAAAAAAUGAUUUUAUUGUUAACACGUUUGUCGAUUUAAAAACCACACCUUCAUUUUGUACAGAAUUUGUAUCCAUGCUGUUGAGAGAUGCUUUGGGGAGGAGAAUAAACUAUGCAGGUGCUAGUGUUAAGACAAACCCCUUUCAUUGUUCCAGUCCACACGCUUUUUUUGUUUCAUGCCUUCGGCCCAACAUUGACGUCAUCAUUGGACUGAAAAUCUUACCACUUUCUCUGUUUUUCUCUCAAAUCUCAUACUACAAGCUGAGAAUGACAAUAUAUGUGUGAUUGCUGCCGUUGCUUGGCGCCACCGCUCGCUCUUUGGUUUGUGUUGAGAAGGAGCUGAGAGCUCAGCUGUGUUGUGUGGAUGACGCAGAGCUGAACAGAUAUUCUCAAGUCUACCCGACCCAACCCCACAAAUGAAAGUGCUACCUCAUAUUUUAUCCCGAUACCGUACAGAUCAAAUCACUCCUAAGGACAAUUUGUACAGUUUUUCUCCCAACAUGUCAUGACACAUGUUCAUGUGAAUGUAUAAGGGUAUUCCAAUAGUCGCCCCCCUGAGGCUAUGAGCUACUCGUGCUAGGCUGCCUUGGGAUGCAAACUCUCGUCCUUUGACACGUCUGAAGCCUUUUAAGUUGCUUUGAAGCUAAUUAACCAGAACUGUCUCCUUGUUUUCUAGCUUUUAUUCAGCAUGCCUUAAAAAAAUGUAUCUCUUGAAUGGUGCGUGUGUGCACACUUCGAAUUGGUUCACCUUUCGUCCUUUGCAGUGAAAGUCAAUGCAACUACACCUGGCAAUGGCUUCUCUUACAAAUUCUCAGAUUCACGCCAAAUACCCAAGAUAAACGCUUUAUUAAACCCAAUGUGAUAUGACAUAUGGUCCUGCAGUGGUGUCGACAAACUUAGUAUCGAUUAUAUAUUAUCAUGGAUCCAGUCAUCCAUCAUGGGGCUCGACGCAGCUAAUGCUGUAAAAAACCUGAAUGUUGUGAGCGCUCCAUCAGAGCGACUACAUCAACAGUCCCCGACUUCUGUAGCUUUGUGGUGUGAACUUUCUGAGUGAUUGAGCCCUCCAUGUGAAAACCAGGGGAACUGUUUCUCUACAGUUCUGCCGUUUGUGUCGUGAAGCUCCCAGUAGGCCUUAGAUUUCAUACAUAACAUUAUUCUGUGUCGAAAAUGAAAAGAAAUCUUAUUCAACGACAUGCUGCAUAGUGUUUAAUGGAACAGGCUUUCACUCCUAUUUUGGCUUUAUCGAACUGUGGGUCUUUGUAAUGUUUGGCAUGAUGACGAUAUUAUUUGAGAGUUUUCGCAGCCAGUUCUAAACCCACAUUUAGAAGUCGGACCACGUGGUGCUGUUUGAUCAAUUAUUAUUGUAUCUCACCUUACAAAGAUCAACAGCAUCUGUGGGUUUGACAGUUGAUAAUUCAUGGUGAAAAAACUGUAGACUCAUUGAUGCAGAAAAUAUCUCGUUGUGUUAAAAAUUCACUAAUGCACAAUUCCCGACCACUUGAUAAUCCUGUUUGACCAUCACACAAAUGGAGACGAUUCAUAUUUCGGUUUCACGUUCAACUUUAGCCACCUCUGUAACCAGUUUUUACCCCUCACGCUCCUCCUCUAAUGCUGGUAUUGACCUUCGUUUUCCUUAUUUAACAAGUUCCUUGUUUGUCAAAUUAAUAACACAAUAAAUUCUUCUUUAGACCUUU